CAUAUGCUGCAGGUGUGGCCCUAAAAAGACAAAGAAGAAGAAAAAAGUCUUUCUCUUAGUCACUCCCAUAAACUAAUAAUUUUAAAUUUGCUGAACUGCAAGGAGUCCGUCGUGACCAUCAGUAAAUACAUGUCAUGAGGCCCAGGUGUUUAGGGAUAAAACCAUUUGCUCAAGGGCAAGACUGUGUAUGGCUGUCAGCUACACAUUACUGCUUGAGAAAAGGAAAAGAUUCUUAACUUUUCUACUGAUUUCCUUUUCUUUGGACUUUGUGUUUCAGUCCCUUUUCGUCCCUGAACCAGCCCUUUACCCAGCCUGGACCAGCUUAGUUGUCUAGGCUUCCCUGGGAAGAUCUGUGCUUUGGCUUGAUUCUCCCUCCACUGCAGGAAGAGACUGAGCUUGCCCAGGGGCUGGCUUCGGGGGAAGCCGCCCUCACCGCUUGCCUGCGCUUCUCUGCCCAGGUGUGUGUGAGAUGUUUGACCUCGAGAUUAUGAUUGCCAUUGGUGGCAGCUUGCUGAUGACCGCAUUUGUGCUGAUGGCUGUUGUCGUCUGUCUUUACUGCAAAAUGGCCAGCACAUCAAAUGUGGCAAAGGCGCCCGUGGCUAUGGCCAAAACCAGUAGUAAUCGAGACAAGGUCACCGAGGCUACCUCGUCCACCCCUGAGUCUUAUCCCAGCCUCCAGUGCUGCGAAGAAUGUGGCUUGUCUGCCGACUUUGAUUCUCCACUGUGCUUCUGUGACAUGAACAAGGGAACCCUGAACACAAAGUGAUUAGUAGAAGGUAGCUGUAAACACCGACUGCUACGUACAACCAGCUGCAGAAACAAGGACUCUGUCAUGAAUAUUUCCUCCUCAUCUGUUAUGAAUACGCUGUGCUUGUGUUUACAUAUAUUAAGCAAA